AUGGCUUCUUUACACGAAGCUCUUUUCUCUCCUCGGCUUCAAUUCCAUUCAACUUCUUCUCCGUCACUUCGUUGUGCUCUUCCGAUUUUCUCCAAUCUCUCUUCACCAGGCACGAGUUCCUGCGCAAUCAAAUCGACCCAGUUUCUCAAGCUCCGUUCAAGUACCAAAUUGACGGAAUUUUCUCUUUCUUCCCUUUCCCGGAGAGAGUUUGUCUGCAGAGCUUCCGAGUAUAAGUUUCCGGAUCCCAUACCCGAAUUCGCCGAAGCUGAGACUGAGAAAUUUAGGGACCAUAUGCUAAAGAAACUAUCCAAGAGGGAUCUUUUUGAAGACUCUGUUGAUGAAAUUGUCGGAAUCUGCACUGAGAUAUUCGAGACGUUCUUGCGCAGUGAGUAUGGAGGACCUGGAACACUCUUAGUCAUACCCUUCAUCGACAUGGCAGAUACUCUCAAUGAAAGGGAGUUGCCUGGAGGCCCACAAGCCGCACGAGCAGCUAUUAAAUGGGCUCAGGAUCAUGUUGACAAGGACUGGAAGGAAUGGACCGGUACUGAUUAG